AUAUAUCAAUGGAAGAUUUCUUCCAGAUAAAGCAAUUGAUUUAGUUGAUGAAGCAUGUGCUACAUUAUUUACACAAAAGAAUUCACAACCAGAAGAAAUAGAUAAAUUAGAAAGAAGAGAAACACAAUUAAAUGUAGAGAAAAUAGCAUUAGAAAGAGACAUUAAAGAAAGUGAUGAAGAUCAUAAUAAAAUGAUUAAAGAAAGACUACAAGAAAUUGAAAAAGAAUUAAGUGAAAAUAAAGAGAAAUUAACAAAAUUACGAAUUAAUUAUGAAAAAGAAAAAGGAGGAAGUGAAGAAAUGAAAGAACUUGCAACAAAAAUAGAAGCUAUGAAACAUAAAGCAGAAAGUACUAAAGAUUUAGAAGUAGCAGCUGAUUUAAAAUAUUAUGCAAUACCAGAAGCAGAAAAAAGAAUGAAAGAAUUAAAGGAACAAAAUAAAGAAACAACAAUGAUAUCAUUACAAGUUACACCAACACAAAUAGAAGAAGUAGUUAGUAGAUGGACAGGAAUUCCUGUUACUAAAAUGAAUCAAACAGAGAAAACAAGACUGAUGAAAUUAGAAGAAGAACUACAUAAACGAGUAAUAGGACAAAAUGAAGCAGUAACAGCAGUCAGUGAUGCAAUUAUUCGAAGUAGAGGAGGAUUAGGAAAUGAAAAACGACCAACAGGUAGUUUUAUGUUUUUAGGACCAAGUGGAGUAGGAAAAACCGAAUUAGCAAAAGCAUUAGCAGUUGAGUUAUUUGAUGACGAACAAAAUAUAGUUAGAAUAGAUAUGAGUGAAUAUAUGGAAAGUCAUAGUGUAUCAAGAUUAAUAGGAGCACCACCAGGAUAUGUAGGAUAUGAAGAAGGAGGACAAUUAACAGAGGCAAUUCGUAGAAAACCAUAUAGUGUAAUAUUAUUUGAUGAAAUUGAAAAAGCACAUCCACAAGUAUUUAAUGUAUUAUUACAAUUAUUAGAUGAAGGAAGAUUAACAGAUGGAAGAGGAAGAACAGUUGAUUUUAAGAAUACUAUUGUUAUUAUGACAUCAAAUUUAGGAAGUGAAAUAAUAAUGAAAGGAGUA